UGAAACAAAACAAGUAUUGUUAGUUUCAGAUCUCAGUGGGAAAGGAAGGUUCCAGCUUCAAACAAUUGUCACUUUAUUCUCUUUCUCUCUCUCUCUAAAGGGUGCUUCAGAUAGUGGUAACAAAUAGCAACAUAGAUAGGAUUUUAAAGAUUGUAACUUUCUACUCAGAAUUUUCAACCUUCAACGAUCAAGAUUCAAUUCAAGAAAAAAAAACCCUCAAUUUCUUUAUUCUAAGCAAUUUCAAAUUUGAAGUCAAACCCAUUUCCACAUACUCAAAAGUGAGGAACUUCUCUCCCACUGCACGAAUUUGAGGAGUCUUCGAGACCGCAAUGGCAGAUUUGGAAAAUUUGCUUUUGGAGGCUGCAGGGAGAACUGGUACAGCUGGGAGAAAUCGGCAUUCUCUUCCAUCUUCGAGGAGACGGCGUGAAGGCUCUUAUUCGGAUGGUGGGAGUGACUCUAGGGAUGAUGAUUCAGAUGAUGAACUUAAUUAUGCGAGCAGAAAGCCAUCUGGGCCGCAGAUUCCUCUGAAAAAGAGAUUAGACCCGACCGACAGAGAUGAUGAGUUGGGAAGUCAUGAAGAAGCGGAUGAUGGGCGAAGCGACCCUGAAGGUGAUACAAGUGAUGAGUCAAAUAUAGGCGAUGAUCUCUAUAAAGAUGAAGACGACAGGCGAAAGCUUUCUGAAAUGAGUGAGCUUCAAAGAGAGAUGAUUUUGUCGGAUAGGGCUUCGAAAAAGGACGAUAAAAGCUUAUUGGGGAAGAUAGUGUCAAAGCGUGAGAAAGGAAAGGCAGUAAUGACUGGAAAGCAGUCUCCCCCGCUGUCAUCCUCUCGCAUGCGUGCAUCAGCCAGAUCUGCUGAUAGGUCAGCCAAGAAUGAAGCAUUAAAUGAAUUGCGUGCAAAGCGAUUGAAACAACAAGACCCAGAAGCUCACCGUAGAUUGAGAGAGGCAUCUAGAAGCUCAGGGCCCCGACACUUUUCCCCACCAAAGCGCAAAUCUUUCACAUCAGCUAAUCUCAGUAGCUCAAGCCAUAGUGAUAGUGAAAGUGGGUCUCACAGUGAUGAUGAAGGAUCAACCGGGGAUGGAGGAAUUGCCGACAGUGAUGAUGAUAGGGCAUUAUCUGGAUCCGAGGGGCCAUCCUUUCAGGAUAUAAAAGAAAUAACUAUCCGCAGGUCAAAACUUGCGAAAUGGUUGAUGGAGCCUUUCUUCGAGGAGUUAGUAGUUGGUUGCUUUGUAAGAGUUGGAAUUGGUAGAUCAAAAACUGGACCUAUCUACCGUCUCUGUAUGGUGAAAAAUGUUGAUUCCUCGGACCCUGAUCGACAGUAUAAGCUAGAGAACAAAACUACACACAAGUAUUUGAAUGUUGUUUGGGGAAAUGAAAGUUCUGCUGCUAGAUGGCAAAUGGCUAUGGUAAGUGACUCUGCUCCACUUGAAGAGGAAUACAAACAGUGGGUGAAGGAAGUAGAACGAAGCGGUGGCCGGAUGCCAAGCAAACAGGAUGUGUUAGAAAAAAAACAAGCUAUACAUAAAACCAUUACAUUUGUCUACUCUGCAGCUACUGUGAAGCAGAUGAUACAAGAGAAAAAAUCCGCCUCGUCGAGGCCGCUAAAUAUUGCUGCUGAGAAGGAUCGACUAAGGAGGGAGUUGGAUAGAGCACAAAGUAAGAACGAUGAAGCAGAAGUGGAGAAGAUCAAGACAAGACUUGUAGACUUAGAGGCAUCGAGACAUACAAAGGUGAAGGACGCAAAAGCUCUGAAGCUGGCUGAAAUGAACAGAAAAAACAGGGUUGAGAACUUCAAGAAUGCUUCUGAAUUGAGGCCGACAAAAACCGGUUUGAAAGAAGGGGAUGCGGGUUAUGAUCCAUUUUCAAGGAGGUGGACAAGAUCAAGAAACUACUAUGUUGCGAAACCCGGUGAAAAAGCUGCCGCUGGAAAUAUUGGUACUGUUGGUGUAGUUGCUGAUGCAGGCAGCAACGGAACUGGAGUACCAGUAACUGCGGAGUCUGGUGUGGUGGCUACUGCCGCUGCCUUGGAAGCUGCUGCUGAUGCUGGGAAGUUGGUGGAUACAAGUGCUCCAGUGGAUCAGGGGACAGAAUCAAACACGCUGCACGGUUUCGAGCUGCCAAUCUCAUUAACAUUACUUCAUAAGUACGGUGGAGCCCAAGGAGCUCAAGCUGGAUUUAUGGCAAGAAAACAAAGAAUAGAAGCAACAGUUGGAUUUAAAAUCAAGGAAAAUGAUGGCAGGAGGCAUGUACUGACUCUGUCAGUUGGUGAUUACAAAAGAAGAAGAGGACUUCUCUGAAAUUUGUCGCUGUGGUGCAGAAUCUAGUUGAGGUAUGUCCGCGGUUUAUCGAUCCAAGUACGAUUUUUAUCGACUGUCAUCAUAUUGUUGUAACCUUAUUAUGUAUGUUGAAGUUUUUAUAAGUGGUCGUGUUUCCACACAGCUUUAUUUAGCUUUAGUUUUGAACAAUAAAUUCAAGAUAACAUUGUACUGUACUAUAUGAUUUGACAAUGAUGGUUGGAAGUUAAAGAGAGGACAAUUGCUGCAAGAGAUCUCUCCUGCUGAUUUCAUCAUUAUCUAGAAAGCUUAUGUUUGUGUCAA